UAUCGCAUCCUGGCUUUCGUCUCAAAGAUUGGCUAUUCGCAUCCAGCUGAGAAAGACGGUAAUUACUUUCUGAUUGAACGUAUGAAGGAAAGAAGUGGAUUCUCGAAUGUUUGUGGGCAAAGGUACAAGUUUCAUGAUGUAUUGUGUAUAUGCAAUGAUGGUAAUACUGCUGCCAAUAUUCAACUACUGCAAGGCACAAGAUGCAUGUACCAAUAACCCUUGCAAGAAUGGAGGGACAUGUUUCCUUGCUUCCGAUUCAUCCGCCAGCAAUGCUUUCAUGUGUAUAUGUCCUCACAAUUUCAAGGGAUUUUUAUGUGACACAUCGACGGAAUUAUCUCCACCCUUUCCCGCCAAUACACCAUGUUCCAGCGGUCCAUGUAUGAAUGGCGCCACUUGUGUUAAUCCUGCUAAUCCCCUGUCCAUGACAGCUAUCUGCCAGUGCGCACCGGGAUAUAUAGGUUAUACUUGUGACAGACUGGACACUGGAAAAGGAGACUGUGACCCGAAUCCUUGUGGAGACAAUGGAAGGUGUGACCCAAGUCCAUUUGAAUUUAAAGGUUAUACGUGUCAAUGUAACCAUGGAUAUACAGGGAAUAACUGCGAACUGAGUCUAUCUGGAGAAUACAACGGCUGUGGUAGUUCACCAUGCUUGAAUGGAGCACUGUGUAUGAAUCAGUAUGAAACACAGGAUUACUACUGCGAAUGUACAUCGGGUUAUAGUGGUCGCCAUUGUGAAGUAGAAGGUCCAUGUGUUAAAAGGCCUUGUUUGAAUGGAGGGUCUUGUCGGGAGGAAGCCUUUGCUUCACUAGGUUACAUUUGUAUUUGUACUUCGGAGUACUACGGAAUAAACUGUACAGAAGCUUACCAAUCAAACCCGUGUAAUCCUAGCCCAUGUCAAAAUGAGGGACGGUGUUUCCAGUUGAUGCAGACUGAAUUCAACCAAAACUUAACACCGUACUUUUGCUCCUGUCUUGGUUAUGUGGGUACCAAUUGUCAAAACAUUGAUCCGUGUUAUUCGAACCCUUGUAUGAAUGGUGGUACUUGUACACUGAUUGCACCCGGUGGUAAUGAAGAUAUGGUUCAAGGCUUCUGGUGUGAAUGCCCUUCUACCUUUACUGGUACGACCUGCUCUGAACCAGAUCCCUGCUUGUCCAACCCUUGUCUCAAUGGAGCGACCUGUACCACCGUUCGUGACGUCGUUGAUCCAUUGUUUGAAGACCAAAAUGCAGUUUAUUGGUGCAACUGUGAAAUUGGCUGGACGGGACUCAACUGCAGCCAGGAAUUGCCACGUUAUGAUGCAUGUUCAUCAAAUCCUUGCUUCAACGGUGCAUCUUGCGUCGCUAUCAGUACAAUCUACACUUGUGAAUGUAAAGAUGGAUUCGUAGGUUCUCGAUGUGAACUUAUUGAUCCGUGUUCAUCAAACCCCUGUUUCAACGGGGGACAGUGUUUCAUCAGCUCUCAGAAAGAUUCAUUUAUAUGUCAAUGUUUACCCUCAUUUACUGGUCAGUACUGCGAGAUGAAUGAGCCAUCAUGUUUAUCAGAUCCUUGUUUAAAUGGAGGUACUUGUACAUUCGAUACGAAUGUCCAGGUUUGCGAGUGUGCCCAGGGAUUCCUCGGUCUACGAUGCGAAUCUACAGAUCCAUGUUAUCCACCCCCGUGCCAGAAUUUUGGUGUGUGCUGGCGGAACGUCGAUGCUACUGACUUCAUAUGUAGAUGUGCUUCAGGAUAUGGAGGGAAGCUUUGCGAAGUGAUACUAGAACCUACAACUGCUGCACAAAUAUAUGACUGUGAAUCAAAUCCUUGUGAGGGUGAGAGUACGUGUGUACUUGAAGGGCCAGAUUCAUUGGGUAAUUUCUACCCAAUGUGCUUAUGUCCUCUUGGUUUUACUGGAGUCACAUGUGGUAUCAAACUUCCACCUACUGCUGUGUGUCAACCAAACCCCUGUAUGAAUGGUGGAGGAUGUACACCAUCACCACACUCACCUGUUGGAUAUAUAUGCACCUGUCAUCAAGGAUACACUGGAAUCAUCUGUCAAUAUCUCACCCUUGAUGGGGAAUCUCCGACUACGACCACUUCGGCCAUUCCUUCAAUUACGACGGUCCAAUCUAGCGAGAGCAAGUCUUGCCAAUCCAAUCCCUGUCUGAAUAAUGGCACGUGUAUUGAUGUUGUUAAUAUAUACUUUUGUAUCUGUCCAACAUUCUUUGUUGGGACUACAUGCGCUACGGAUGUUCGAGAUUGUUCAUUCGGAGAUCAAUCGUUUAAAGACGGAGAAAGUCGAAAGGAAGGUUGUGGAGAAUGCGUUUGUGAUAACUCUGAAUGGGAUUGUACUUCUAAUGUAUGUGAAUGUUAUGCUGAUGGAAAUGUAUAUAACAACAAUGAGACUUGGUAUGAAGACUGCAAUACAUGUGCUUGUCAAAAUGGUAUCACCUUGUGUACAAAUAUCGAUUGCAGUCGUGUAUGUCUACAUGAUGAUCAGCUAUAUGACGUAGGAGCUCAAAGAGACGAUAGAUGUUCAACGUGUCUUUGUCAGUUUGGUCGCUGGUACUGCGCUCCUCUUGAUGACUGUGUUGACAAUACUUGUAUGUACGGUAUUACGCCAUACGAGGAAGGGAGCAUUCGCCCACAGCACUGUAAUCUCUGUACAUGUUUCCAAAACGACUGGCAAUGCACAACGAGUAAUUGUGACAUCUAUCCUGCAAUUUCACAAGCUACAAUUGAAUUGGACAAAGGUAUCCCACAAGGAAAGGAAAAUGAAUUUAUUGACACAUUUCGUAAUGGAAUGGUCCAAACUUUCACACUUGGAAACUCGCAGAUUCAGAAUAUUGAAAUGAGUCCUUACAAUGGCACAGGAAUGAAUCUGGAAUUUACUAUUGUCAAGAAUUCAUCGGAGGAAAUCAGCGUUGAUGUUAUAAAGGAUGCAAUAGAAAAUAAGGUGGAGAAUGGAGACUUAGAAGUGACAUUCGAAGGUCAAACAUACAUCGUCAUAUCAUCUAAGUUUACAGUGAUAGAGAUUGAACAUCCAACGGAGGAACUAUCGAAUACAGGGAGAGAUAAUAUGUCUAUGAUCAUAGGAGCUGUAGGAGGAUCUAUCGGUGUCAUUGUUAUCAUCGUAUGCAUCGUCGUCUUCUUAUAUCUGUACUCCAAGAGGAAGGAGGGUAAACAAGGCAAUCGCAACGGUCCUCUUCAUUUACAGCAACUUGCUUUGGAGACCCCGCCUGAAUCACCAGUCAGUCGACCUGAGCGUUCCCGAACAAUUCCAGCUCAUUUCCGCUUCAAGAUAUAAACUCAGCCGGAAGGCAUAUCGAAUCCAGAUCCUGCAAGAUCAAGCCAACUGAUUUUUGUACGUUUUUAAAGAUUCGGCGAAAGUUGGCAUUCCUUUUUUAUUUUAUGAACGUAUAUUGUGUAGUGAAUGUAUAUUCGACUGUGAGGUAUAUACUCAUUACUCAACCCAGGUAACAUACUUAGUGUACAAUUCAUUGCUCUUUGUUUGUUAUAUUUGUUGUAUUAUAUUUCUUUUUGUUGGAACCAUAACAUUGUUGAAUUAUUUUAAAGAAUAUAUAUUGUAUGAAUGGUAUGAACUCUGAACUAAUUGCUUAUUCUUUCUAUCGGCUGCUCUUUCUGUCUUCAAACGAAUGUUUUGAAAUUAGACAAAAAUAUUAUAUUUUUCAACAAUAAAAUUAUUAAACAUUGAAUAUUGCUGUUUAACUGUCAAAACUUUUGUUUAAAAUUAGGAAAUAUGUGUUCAAUUACUAUAAACUAGCCAGUAUAAAAUGUUUUACUGUGAAAAUACUAGCUCCAUUUUUUUUAACCAACGAAAUGUUUUAUUGUAAGCAUGACGAAUAAGUUGUGAUAUAGUGCACGCAUAUAGUCCAAAAUCUUGCUGGUCAAGAUAAACAUAAAUAAUUCAGUGCUCGUCAUUUUUUUGAGAUAUAGGAAAUAUAAAGGGAAAAAUUUUUUGAGUGGGGUUAUUUUUUAUGUUAAAGGUUCAAGACAAAUUAGUAAUCUCAAAUAAACUAUUUUCGUUACAAUUUAUAUACUAUUCUUGUCGAGUUGUUAUUCUAGUAUAGUUUAUGACAAAAUUAUUGUAUACAACGAACUUUUUGUUCAUGGCAAAAUAGCAAUAAGUAAAGUUACUAUUACGUCUUAUCGCUAAGUCUUGAUUAGUAAUUAGUUAUAUAUCGGGGUAAGUUUGCAGUCAUAUGUGAAAUGGGAGCUACAUUAAGAGUGAUAUAGGAUGGGAAAGAGGACGAGAAACGAAUUGAACGAGGGAUCGAGAGGAAAUAAGAAAAUGG